GCCGCGGGCAGCGCUCGCUUCUCUGAGGGAGCGGACGGGCUGCGCGCGGGGCGGGGUCCGAGCGGCGCUCCCCGCGCGGCGGGACCCGCGGUGCGGCGUUCCGAUACGUGGCGUCCCGCUGCGAGUGCCUCCCCACAUGGACGGUGGGCAGCGCCGCGCCCCGCCGCGCGCUUAUGGGCAUCGCCGUUGCCGCGGAUCGCAGCGGGUCGAGGAGACUUUCGAGAAGUUCCCUGUGGUUUUCUGUUAGCGAAACCGACUCUGAAAUUCGUAGUUUCACUCGGUGCUCGCUGGUCAGCUGCAUCGGUGCAUCAUGGAUAGCAAAUGACGGGGUUGUUUCGGGAAGGCGGUUUUGAGGUCGUUAAAAGGGACUGUAUAGUUGUUUUCUUUUUCUUUUUUUUUCUUUCUGCUGAUUUUGAUUUGUGUCUUUCACUUUUCCCCUUCAAAUCGCUUUGUGCUGACAGUGGCCGUGCAGUCAGGCCGCACGUGGGGCUGUGCAGCCCCUUCGAAGCGAUUUGCUCUGAGCCAUCUUCACUCGCCCUGAUCCUCCCGGACGCCCUGAAGCUCAGGGAGCUGGGAGAGCUGCUGCCCCCAGGACUCAGAGCGUUGUCUGAUCAGCGCCUGGAUGGUCAGCUGAACGCACGGGGUCACUGUUCCCGGACCCGCUCCAGAAAUGUGGAGGUGUGGCUCUGAGGGACAUAGUUAGUGGGCACGGUGCUGAUGGGUCGGUGGUUACGCUUAAUGGUCAUCUUUUCCAACCUUAGUGAUCGAACGAUUCUGUGGUUCUACACCAUCUCUGUGUCCCUUUCAGUACAACACAUACACCGUGUGGGAGGCCCGGUAAGGCUGUGGGCAAUGGUUGUUCAGAGAUGGAGGGUCCUUGUGGUGCAGGAUCCUAUGGUUUCCAGCAGCCCCAGUUCCAGGGGUGUGCUCAGGGUGUAGGCAUGACACCCACAUGGCUCUGGGGUCUGCAGUCAGCGUGUCAUUGAGGAACCCAACUGCUCUGCGGUAUUGCACUUAUGAUUGCUUCUUCCAUGUUCUGGCAGCAGACCACCUUUGUAAAACUGCCCUGCUGUGCCUCAUGUCGGUUAGCGUUCUGUGCUCUCAUGAUCUGCUCUGUCUCUGUGAUCAGCAUGGCCCUGGAAUGGUGUCCUUUCCACAGGCAUUUCUCAUCUUCUUGGCGUCCCCACCUUCCCAAAGCCGUAGGGCACUGCUGUGACGUGAGCAGGUGGCUCUGUGGCCCCAUUCCUCUAGCAUCUCCUUGGCUUUCCUCCUCUUUCUCUUCUCUCCCUCACUGGAAGGCAUGUGAUGAAUCACGCAGGGUAAGUGUGACCGAGCUGCUCAGCCUUCCCGAGCAGCCAGAGAUACAUUGCUGCCAGCAGCCUGGGGGCUUCUCUCUGGUGACGCUCAGGGUGAGAGCAUCACGGUCCCUGCUGUCUGGCUCCUGGGCAAACGCAUGACCUGAAUGAAGUUUAAUCUCCGAGAGAGCCUGGUGAAUUUAAUAUGCUUUUAUGGUUCACUUCCCGUUAUUUGUAACUUGAAAGCACAGACCAGGGCUGGGAAAGUAAUGCUGCAAGUCAAAUUCGGAUUAGAAGUUUUCAAAGCGUUUUGGAUUUAUGUGGCAGCUGAGAGCCACUUCUGAGAAGCCUGAAAGGCAAAAGGGGGUCCAUCUGUUCUGGAGGUGAUCGUUCCCCAAACUGGUGUGUUCUUGACGAGAGUGUUCUUUAUCCAGAAUAACAUUAUUUGAAAAAGAAUAUAAAUGCUGUUCAGUAGGACUAGUCUGUGCGGGCUUACAUGCCUUCAAAAAAGUUAAAUGAUUUCUUGUUUUACCUCGAGGCCUUUGUUUUGGCGAUGGUGCUGUUGUCAUGUAGGAUGGAACGAGGAAGGGGCCAGCUUCUUUGGCAGCAGCAUCGCCUCGCAGAAGAGCUCAUCCGAAAGCAGCACUUACCUUUUGGUGCCGGAUGCCUGCAGAGCAGACUCUCACGGACAGCCCUCCUGGUGUCUCAGGGAUGUCGUUUUCAAGUCCUGCCUGGCCCAGAGCACGUGUUGUUUAUGGAGCUAUUUUCGCGCACAGCUGUCACCUGUGCCCUUUCUGACCGCAGUUAGAUACCAGGUGUGGUUGGCAGAGGGGUGGCAUGUGAAGAGGUGGCAUGUGAAGAGGUGUCACUUGCAGCCCUGGGAGCCCUGAGCGUGCCGUGCUGCAGAGCAGUGUCUUGCUGUAUGGCUUUCUGCCCCAGAUGUAAGUUUAGAAGACAUGACGGCACCACGCUGAAUUAAUUAUGCAGUAUUGACAACAGAGAGACAAAAGUUCCAGCUGUUCCUCCCAGCAGUCAGAAUCCUGGGCAAGAAAGGGUGCUUCCCACCAUCAGUAGGGCACCUCUGUGAGCAGCAGGGCCAAGGGGAAGGAGCGUGGGAGCAGCUGCUGGCCCUGGGAACAGCUGGCUUGCAGCACAGCCUGCUGCUGCAAGCGGUGUGUCAGUCCCAUGUCUGUGGGUGAUGCAGAUAGAGGGUGCCAGCAGAACCCCAUCACAGCGUGAUAUGGGCUGAGUGUGGAAGCCUGUGGAUGGAUAUUCCGCAUCCCCAGGUGAUGGCCAUGCCUGGGCUCCGUCUGGCACUCACUGAGGCCUGGCUCCCACCAGCUGGGGCAUCAGAGGCACCCAGAGGAGCUCUGUGUGGAAGAGGGCUGUGCCCCUCUGCCAGCACAGAGCAGUGGACAUCCCUAGCUCGCUGUCACCUUGGGGGGACAGUUUGGAUUAUUCCUUAGGCUGGAAAGGCCUCAGAAGGGUGCAGUGCAUUCCUGGGAAGGGUGGUCCCCCUCAUUUUGGGGACGUGGCACAGCAAAUAGGGUGCGCAGGCAAGAUGAGGAGACUUUCCAUUUUGUGCAUCCCGUGUUUUGUAAUGCGCUCAUUUCCCUGCCAGCACAGAUCUGGGGCAAGAGUAAGUUUUCUUGGAAACUGGGCCAAGUUAUGCUUGGAAAAAGGCAGAGACUUGCAGCUUCCCAAGCUACGUUUGGAUGCAAGCUUGCCUGAGCCCUCAGUUCUUGGCCCAGCCUGGAGCUCCGAGGCCUGGCUCUGUGGGGUGGAGGGGCUUUGUGGCCCUCUAGGCUGCCACCUCCUUCUCAGUGCAGUGAGACGUGGCCACUGGAGCUGCAGCAACUUUUCCAGCUGCCUCCCAGCAGUGCUUGUGCUCUAGAGCUUGGGGCAGCCCCAGGCCCUGUGGCUGUCUGCUCCUCUCACCUCGCCUUGCCCUGCCAGCCUCCCUCCCUUCUUGGGGCUCCAGCUGCAGCCAGGCUGGAGGGCACAGGACAGGGCCACGUGGAUGGGACAGGAACUGCUGCUGGCCCGAUCUGUCAGGGAGGUAUCGGUCCGCCUGUCUGUGCUCAUGCGUCUUGCAUCAGGGUGGGGUUUUCCUGGCAGAGGCAGAUUAGCUUUUUUUUUUUUUUUUUUUUUUUUUCCUGUUUGAGGAAGCCAAGGAAGUCUCUCCGCUUGUUUGUUUAGAGUUUACAGUUCAAGGGCCUGGAAUUUAAUUUUGCAGUGGCGGCCCGCAGCGAGUGCCAGUGCGAGCGAGGCCGAUCGCGUGCAGACUGCCCUGCUCAGGGGGAGGGGGUGCAGAGCCACUGCCCGGAGUGAGCGCUGGGUUGUGGCCACCACUGAGGACUUUGCUUUUCUCCCCCGAGUACUUAACUGGUGGAAAAGACAAUGUUUUUUGUUAUUUAAAGACACCGUACGCCGGCGUGAGACCUUGUGUAGGAGUAGGUGUCAUUUGGGACUGGGUUUGUAACUUUUGCUCUUAAUAACUUGCACAGUUGAUCCUAUAAACCUGCUGUUGCGUACACCAGCUGCUGCCAGCGUGUGUGGCAAUCCCUCCUAUUUUUCAGCCCAUUUCCUCCUGGGGCCCGUGGGGUGGAUGGGUGAGGGCACGUGCUGAGGUUCCAGGCUCAGGUCUUGCACCAGCAGACUUCUGCGAGUGCUCACUGUGAGAAGAGGCUGGCUGAAGGAAGCAAAUCCUGCAGGCUGGGAAGCCGUUCUUGUUUUCCCCCUCCCCACCUUCCCCCCCAGGAUAUCUGCAGACAGAUCUGAUGCUGUCCUUGGCAGAAGGAGCAGGCUUGCACCCAUCCGUGGCCCGCUCCCCUGCGCUGUGGGAUGGAGCCAACGCCUGCCCCGAGCCUGCUGUGGGUCUGGGGUCUGCAGUGUCCUCUGCUCCCCCGCCUGUGGCCGAGGCUUGGCCCUGCUUUCCGGGGUGGGACUCAUUUUGUUUUUCCCAGCAAGGAAUGGGUUGGCGCUGUCGGCAGCUCUUCCCUUUUCUGUUCAGGCCCUGCAAAGGGGCUCUCUUGUUUCUCUAUGUGAGUGCUGCUUCCUUUUCCCAGCUUUCCUCCUGCACAGGCUCGCCUGCCCUGGCAGCACAUGCGUGCACGUGUCUCGGCAGCGGCGGAGCAUGUGCUGCUUUCUGCCGGGGUGACAGAAUGCUUCUCGCCCACCCACUGUGGGGAGCACGCUUCAGGCCUCCCUCUAGGAACUUUUAUUUCCAUUGUCUCUCAACCAAGCAUCUGAGACCUGUGCCCACCCUGAACCACGUGGGUGAGCCGUGCUGGUUUUUCCAGCGGAGCCAUUCAGUGCUGGGCUGCUGCUCCAUCGUGCCCACCCCGCUGCACCCUGAGCCCUUUGGGGUUGCUCCCUCCUGCAGGCACCAGGCAUGACAGCAUUAAGUUGAGCAGGUCAUGGUCUUUUGGUGCAAGGUUCCUGUGGCAGCCCUGUGGGUAAGCAGGGCGAGUGCUGUUGAGGAGUUGGGCUGGCAGCCUGCGCAGCCACGGUUUUGGUGGUUGUGGCAAAGUGGCCGUGUAGUAGUGGGGAAUGUGGAGGUCACUGAGGAUACACUGUUUUGUCGAGGUGCACUUGGCCGCUUUGUUCCCUGCAGCUUUUUGCAGGCCUCACCUUUUGCUUCAUUUGAAAACGUGUUUCCUGUUUGUACGAACCACAUUGGCUCCUCUGGUGUCUGUGCCUAUGCAGGGCUCUUCCUGUGCGCCUUUUGUCUGAAGCUGGGCAGCAGUGUUUCAGUGAGAGACAUUGCUGGGGUGGAGGGAAGUGGGGGAGGGAUGGGAUGGUGGCGUAGCUGAUUUAUUGGUUUUUUUAUCUCCCUGUCUUACCCAGCCAUGGCCACUUAAAUCCUCCUUUAACGAUGGCUGAGCUGUUUGGAUGCCAGGUGGUGCUUUUAUAUCUUCUGGCAGAAAACUUACUCAAGUUUUCUGGGUGUUCUUUAGCUAAAAAUGGACAGCAAGGCUCAUGAAGGUGCUGUGAUGGAGCAGUGAGACUGUGAACCCCAGAGAUGCCCACCUGCAAACCCUGGGCUAUACGUGCUUCUGGGGCUGCAUGUCCACACUGCUCUGCCACACGUGUGCCUUUGGCCGAGGCUCAACUCACAGCAGUAACUCCGUUGUCAGGCAGGCAUCUGGAAGGGAAGUAGAAGAGACUGAAGGAAGAGAGCCACGCUGGAAAGUUGACGUGGUGAGCACACACAGGGGUGCAGCAUUAGCUGAUGGGACAGCAGCCGCAGCAAACUUUGUGUGUUUUCCUGGCGUGGUUCUUGCCCUGGGUCAGAGUUGUUGGGCAACAGUGGCCUCAGGGCUGCUCACUGCCCAGGUGGCCAAAGUGCAGCCGAAAUGGUUUGAAACGAGACUGGAGCAGGGCUCUGCUCACUGCUGGAGGUGCAGUGUGUGUGCACCUUUGGUUUAAUGCUUGUCCCGAUAGAAAAGGAAUGGACAGCAUCAGUUUGCGUGGGUGGCAUUUUGCUGCUGCUCAUUGUCAGUGUGUGGCUUUGUGAGCUCCAGGCUUGUUUGUUACAGCCAUUCUGUAUUUGAAGAUAACCCACCCAGACUUUCGUAUUGUGCUGUCCCUACUGACACCAGUGAAGUGUAUUGGCUGGGUGCUUUGCAUCCCACUGACUUCAGAAGCGGCUGCCUCACUGCUAGAACUGCAAAAACUGUACUUGAGGAGCACUCACUGCCCUGGCUGUUGGGGCAGUGUUGACCGGAACGUGUACUAUAUUUAAAGCUGAUUUCGUUAAGAUGGGGAGGGGAGUGUUACCAGUAAUUUCUCAUCAGCCUCUUUUCUACCUUCCAAGCCUGUUAACCGUAUCUUCUGCAUCUAGCGCUCGUCAUGACUGCGUUUUGUUGCCCAUCCUUUCCUUUUUCCAGCCUGUUGGAUCAGGUGAGGAAAGGCUCUCCUGCUCCAGGUGAGCCGAAGGGAGAUCUGGUACCACUCAGCCAAACCAUGCAACCCUUGUCCCCCUGCUGCACCCACCCUGGGCACAGCUGCUGUGUGCUUGGCUGGGGGGCGUGCUGCUGCUGGUGGGGCCAUCGUUGUUCUGCAGGAGGCAUGGUGAGGUGUGAUGCCUUGUAGCCUGUGUCCCUCCUGCCCAGAUUCCUCCCAACGCUGUGUCUCCCACUGCUGCAGGGCCACCGUUGGGGUCACCAUUGAUAAAUCACCUUUUCUUGGAGAGCGAUGUGUUGUGGGGCUACUGGACAACUGCGUGUUGCUUGGACCUGGAGUUUCUCCACUGCAGUGGGAGCUCAGGCAUCCCAGGAGCUGCUGCCUGUGUGCUGCCAGCGGUUCUCGGUUGCACACGUUGGCUUUGGCACAGAUUGAUCUGGAGGUUUCAAAACUGCCACUGUUGAAACCGUGUGUGGGAACUGCCAGCCUGCAUGCAAAUUUGGUCGGACCGCUGCGCGUGGAGUUCUCCCAGCCUGUGAACCUGGAGGAGGUGGCGAGCACAAACCCUGAGGUCAGGGAGGGAGGUCGUUUUGCUCCAAAGGACUGCAAGGCGCUGCAGAAAGUAGCAAUCAUCAUCCCGUUCCGAAACCGAGAGGAGCAUCUGAAGUACUGGCUCUAUUACAUGCACCCAAUUCUUCAAAGGCAGCAGCUAGAUUAUGGAGUGUAUGUCAUCAACCAGGAUGGAGACGAAGAAUUUAACCGUGCUAAACUGCUGAAUGUAGGAUUCACGGAAGCUUUGAAGGAGUAUGACUAUGACUGCUUUGUGUUUAGUGAUGUAGACCUGAUCCCAAUGGAUGACAGGAACACCUACAAGUGCUACAGCCAACCAAGGCACCUUUCUGUCUCCAUGGAUAAAUUCGGAUUUCGGUUACCCUACAAUCAGUAUUUUGGAGGUGUGUCUGCCUUGAGCAAAGAACAAUUCACGAAGAUCAAUGGGUUCCCAAACAAUUACUGGGGCUGGGGAGGCGAAGAUGAUGACAUCUACAACAGGCUGGUGUUCAAAGGCAUGGGCAUAUCUCGGCCAGAUGCUGUCAUUGGGAAAUGCAGAAUGAUUCGCCACUCGCGUGAUCGGAAGAACGAGCCCAACCCGGAGAGGUUUGACCGUAUUGCUCACACCAGGGAGACGAUGAGCUCUGAUGGCUUGAACUCGCUCUCCUACGAGGUGCUAAGGACUGACAGGUUCCCUCUGUACACGAGGAUCACAGUGGAUAUCGGAGCGCCCGGCAGCUGACACGGCCGGCACGGCGGAGACCUCGGGACGGUGCCCCGCACGCUGGGCUGGCAGAUUCUUUGUGUCGUCGGGUUUUAUAAGGGUUGUGAUGAACAACACGGAGGUCUCUCUGCAUGUCAGAGCCUCUCCAAAAGGGCUGGACGACUGCUUUUCCCGUCGGUUGUUUUUGUAACUUCGCCUCCAGCUCUCCAUUGUUUUGUAAGUUCAGAGGCUGUACGUAACAGUUGUAAAUACUUCCUUUUUGCCAGGAGAUGCUGAAUCUGAUCCCCGUGUUCGGUCACCGCUGGUCCCGGGUUAGUUUGCCAACUGCAGCCGUGGUGCACCAGCAGCGACCGCCCAUGAUACGGCUUUCUUCUUUUUUAAUUGGGUGGACGAAAACAUUCCUUUUAAUUCAUUCCUCGUUUUUAUCUCUAUGAAGGACUGUAAAACGCUGCUAAAAUUGUACGAGUUUACUCAUUUCGUUAGAUUGUUUUUUGUUUUUGUUUUUUUUUUUUAACAGAGGCAAAAUUACGUGGGGUUUCUUCUUCUUUUUUUUCUUCCUACUGGUGACCAAAGCAAACAAUCUUCUCCGCGUGCAGAGCGCAUGACGAAUAACCAAGUGUGGAUUCAGCACACCUCACUAUUCCUUUCGGUCUCAAAAGAGACUUCCGAGCGAGCUGAGGCAGGAUGUGCCCUCGGAGAGCUCUGUGCGUGGGCUGGGAGCCGCAGGGAUGUGCAGCAGAGCUCUCCAUGACCCGCAGCAGCUGCUGGCUCCCCAUAACCUGCCUGUCGGGUGUGAUUUUAUUUUAUUUUAUUUUAUCUUUUCUUGCCUGAGCAGAGCAAGACACCUGGGAGAUCUCUUCGGUCGGUUGGUCAGUUUGGUUUGCUUGUUUGCUCUUCCCCCAAAAGAGCGGAUGGGUUUAAUUGCACAAGGAAUUGAUAGCCUUAAAAUUCACAGACACUUUUACCAGUGGUAGGAAGUUGCCACGCUAUUUAAACAUGGUCUGAAGGUUCUUAAGAACGACAUUCUGCUUGCAAGGUCAUGUGUGAAACUUGAACUCACUUAUUACUUUUAUUGUUGUUGUAACUUUUUGAUAACUUUUAAAAGUAAUUUGUAUAUCCUAAGCGGUAUAUUUAAUACCAGAUUAAAGCAGGGUGCAGCAUAAUGGCGUACGCUUCAAGGCCUCCUUUAUCUUCAGGCUGGUAGGCUCUCUGUGUCAUAACAUACAAGAAUUUGCCCUGGCGUUUGCCCACGGGCUGCUGAGGUGCUGGCAGGACCCGGAGGUGCGUUUGCUCGGAAGCCUCUGCUGAGAGGUUUGCUGUGCCAGGAUUCCACACAGCGCUCUGGGGAGGCAUGGAGCAGUGCUGCAGGGCACUGCCUUCUGCUGGGCACCGCUGCUCCCAUCCACGGCCCAGGGAAAGCUUCGGGCACCGGUGCCUUGGAGCUGCUUCAAGUGGUGUAAAGCUCUCUCUGCCAAAGCGGAAAACCUAAUUCCUCCUGGUGAGUUUCUGCCCGCCAGCUCUGAUCACAGCAAUUUGCACUUCCUUGGCCUGUGCUGAAGGCUGUUGAAAUCAGGGACACGUGUAUUGGGGAUCAUCUUCAGCACUGCCUUUUUUUUUUUUUUCUUUCCCCUUGACUUUUUUUUUUCCUUUUUUUUUUUUCUUUUUCUUUUCCUUUUUGGGGAUUUAGGACCAUUUAGGACCUGACAGUUUUGCUGAACCCUUGCACUACAGGGGUGGGAUCCUGCAGGGCCGGGGGACAGUGCCUUGCUCUAUUGUCUUGAUGUGUCUUCCUAGCCAGCGGUGGCUCCAAGGAUGCACAGACUAUGCUCACAGCGAGGUACCCAGCUGCCCUUCCACUGACACUUUGGAAACGUGCUCACCCCAUGCGCUGACACACAGUUGCUGGCCAGACCUGCUGCACCGGCUGCGCUUGGCAUGGCAUGAGAGCGGGCUUGCAGAGCACAUUAAAGGAAUGACCUCUUGGCAGGUCAGGCUCUGGUGCGUGUAGAUGCAAGAGGAUGCAGGAGUAGAAUGUGUUGCAGAAGCCAGGCCUGAUACCCAUCUGCAGAACCCUGGCAUAGCUGCAGACUGCACCAGUAACUGAGAUACAGGGAAGGGUAGUGGCUUUGUUUUUACAUUUUCCGAGGUUUUUACAUUUUCUGGGCCCUGCUUCCACAGGGCAGCUCAGCACCAAACCCUACUGAGCACCUACUGGCAAUCCAGGGUCUCUGACAGAGCACCUUGGUUUGGCCCUGAGCCUCUGUGCUCCAGAAAGCUGGAACCUGUGACUGUGGAGGCACGUGCCUGCACACUGGCUAUGCAAAGCGUCCACCUUUUGCAUCUGAGUGUUCUGUUGGUUUUUUUUUUUUUUUGCUUGUUUGUUUUUUCUCUGGUUAGCUGGAGAUUAAAAACAGUGUCAUGAGUUGUUGUUUUUGCUGCACGCUGGAAUCACGGAAUAUCGUGCAGGUGGUCUGAGCGCUUGCUUCUGGUGUUGCAAUUGAAGCUGUCCACAGGCGUGCCUUGAAAGAGUGGGCAGAUGGGAACUGGAAAACUGGGAAACCUGAAAAUGGUUUUCAGCAUGCAGACGCUGGUGGAGCAGGAAGCUGCCGCCUUGCUUCUUCUCCAACACAAAUGCUGUGUCAGAGCUGGGGCUGCUUCUCAUUUGUUUCACCAUGCGGGGCCAACCUGUGGUAUCCAACUCUUGCCGCUGCAUAAGCUGUGCUCCUUUUGGUGAAAUGCUUUCAGCCUGGCCCAGAAACUGCCCUUGGGGGCCUUUUCCACAAACGCUCAUGUUUACACAGAACUCAGCUCUCACCUGUACCGGGUGGCUCUUCCCCUCCUGCAGCAACACUCAAAGCAGUGCUGUGCAUAGCGGUGGACACCUGCAAGGAAUAGCUGCAGAGGAAGCACCAGUGCUCAGUUUCCUUGGUGUUGCUGUUGGCUUGCAGGGAUGGGGGAGGGUCCCGGCAUGCAGCUUUUUCCCCUGGAUGUUACUUGUGUACCAGACUGUUCAUGGUUCUCCCGCAGAUGGUUUUGCUUUUGCAUUUUUAUCAUUUAUAUGCCUAUGGAUGUAUAGUCCAAUGUUCCUAUUUUACUGCUGGUGUCAAAUAAAGUAUUUUCAGUUACGA